GAGGCACAGCGGGCGCGCGGGCCGGCCCCGGGGCCUCCAUGAUGGAGGAGCGAGCGGCCGCCGCGGUCGCCGCCGCCGCCUCCUCCUGCCGCCCGCUCGGCUCCGGCGCGGGCCCCGGCCCGACGGGGGCGGCCCCGGCCUCUGCCGCUGCCCCGGGGCCCGGCCCGGCCGGUAAGGGAGGCGGCGGCGGAGGCAGCCCGGGGCCUUCAGCGGGGCCCGAGCCCCUGAGCCUGCCCGGGAUCCUGCACUUUAUCCAGCACGAGUGGGCGCGCUUCGAAGCGGAGAAGGCCCGCUGGGAGGCCGAGCGCGCCGAGCUGCAGGCUCAGGUAGCCUUCCUCCAGGGAGAAAGGAAAGGGCAAGAGAACCUCAAGACGGACCUGGUGCGACGGAUCAAGAUGUUGGAGUUUGCCUUGAAGCAGGAAAGGGCCAAGUAUCACAAGUUGAAGUUCGGGACAGAUCUGAACCAGGGGGAGAAGAAGCCAGAACUGGCAGAACAAGUUUCCAAUGGCCCCAUGGAGUCGGUCACCCUGGAGAACAGCCCGCUGGUGUGGAAGGAGGGGCGCCAGCUUCUCCGACAGUACCUGGAGGAGGUGGGCUAUACGGACACCAUCCUGGACAUGCGGUCCAAACGCGUGCGGUCCCUACUAGGUCGCUCGUUGGAGCUCAACGGGGCCGUGGAGCCCAGCGAAGGUGGCUCCAGGGCCACGCCAGGCCCCGGGGGGCUCAGCGGGGGUGAGUCGCUGCUGGUGAAACAGAUCGAAGAGCAGAUCAAAAGGAACGCGGCAGGCAAAGAUGGCAAAGAGCGCCUGAGCGGCUCGGUGCUGGAGCAGAUCCCCUUCCUGCAGAGCUGUGAGGACGAGGACAGUGACGAGGACGACGAGUUGGACAGUGUGCAGCACAAGAAACAGCGGGUGAAGCUGCCCUCCAAGGCCCUGGUGCCUGAAAUGGAGGACGAGGACGAGGAGGAUGACUCUGAAGAUGCCAUCAACGAGUUCGAUUUCUUGGGCUCGGGAGAGGAUGGGGAGGGCUCUCCGGACCCUCGACGAUGUGCCGCAGAGGGGACCCACCACGAGUUGGCCCCGUGCUUUGUCCCUGCAGAAAGCCGGCGGGUCAAACUCCAGGGAAUUUUGGCCGACCUUCGGGAUGUGGAUGGGCUGCCCCCUAAAGUGACGGGUCCCCCUCCUGGCACACCCCAGCCCCGGCCACACGAAGGUUCCUUUGGCUUCUCCUCAGACGUUUUCAUCAUGGACACUAUCGGGGGCGGGGAGGUGAGCCUGGGGGACUUGGCAGAUCUCACCGUCACCAACGACAACGACCUCAGCUGUGAUCUCUCUGACAGCAAAGAUGCCUUUAAGAAGACGUGGAACCCCAAGUUCACCCUGCGCUCACACUACGACGGCGUGCGCUCCCUGGCUUUCCACCACAGCCAGGCCGCCCUGCUCACCGCCUCUGAGGACGGCACGCUCAAGCUCUGGAACCUGCAGAAAGCUGUCACGGCCAAGAAGAACGCCGCGCUGGAUGUGGAGCCUAUCCACGCCUUCCGGGCUCACAGGGGCCCUGUGUUGGCAGUAGCCAUGGGCAGUAACAGCGAGUACUGCUACAGCGGCGGGGCCGACGCCCGCAUCCACAGCUGGAAGAUUCCGGACCUCAACGUGGACCCCUAUGACGGCUACGACCCGAGUGUGCUGAGCCACGUGCUGGAGGGCCACGGGGACGCUGUAUGGGGCCUAGCCUUCAGCCCCACCUCCCAGCGCCUGGCCUCCUGCUCUGCUGACGGCACCAUCCGCAUCUGGGACCCGAGCAGCAGCAGCCCAACCUGCGUCUGUACCUUCCUCACAGCCAGCGAUCAUGGGAUCCCCACCUCAGUGGCCUUCACCAGCACCGAGCCCGCCCACAUCGUGGCCUCCUUCCGCUCUGGCGACACCGUCUUGUACGACCUGGAGGCUGGCAGUGCCCUCCUUUCGUUGGAAUCCCGGGGGAACAGUGGCCCAACCCAGAUCAACCAGGUGGUGAGUCACCCAAACCAGCCCCUCACCAUCACCGCCCACGACGACAGAGGCAUCCGCUUCCUGGACAGCCGGACAGGGAAAUCCGUGCACUCUAUGGUUGCCCACCUGGACGCGGUCACCUGCCUAGCCGUGGACCCCAACGGCGUGUUCCUGAUGUCGGGAAGCCAUGACUGCUCCCUGCGUCUGUGGAGCCUGGACAACAAAACGUGCGUGCAGGAGAUCACGGCCCACCGCAAGAAGCACGAGGAGGCCAUCCACGCUGUCGCGUGCCACCCCAGCAAGGCCCUCAUUGCCAGCGCAGGCGCCGACGCCCUGGCCAAGGUCUUCGUAUGAUGCCCACCUGGCCCCGCCCCGGCCUCCACCUCGGCUGGGGAGCGGGGCCAGGCAGGUGGGACCGAGGUGACUCCCAGCCUCGGCGGAGGCCCGGAGGCCCGGCCUCUUCCCGCCUGCCUUGGAACCUGGUGGUGCUAAUGCCCCUCUCCCUGGGAGGCCAUCCCCCACAGCCUCCCCUUCCCCAAGCAUCCUGGGGGGCAGCCUCCUUCAAGACUUACCCUCCCGGACGUCCUCGAGGAGUUUCCUCUCUGCACCCGGACACCCAGUCCUGGUAUCUGAGCUGCUUUCUUGGGUGCAGCACAGCCAGGGCUGGGUGUCCUUGGGGAUCAGCUUUUCCAAGACGCCAGAAGGUGCCAGGUUCUCUCUUUGAACCCCCGAUCCCCCCUCAUUCUUCCCAGACCUGGGUGGUAGCUGUGCCGGGAAGAGCCCCAGGCGCUCCCGCUCUGGGUCCCCUGGGAAGCCAUGGCACCAGCUGGACCCUGGUCCUCCUCAGCGGGGAGCGCCCGGCCUGGUCCACCCCAGAAGCUAGCCCCAGUCCACCACCCUCUCCUCCAGUUCCCUCAACACAGCUUUCCAGACACUACCCAGCGCCUCCAGGGCCAGUAACUGGGGAUCAGGUGAUGCCCUCGGGGGAGGCGCCCACCCCUCUCCCCUCCCUCCCCCAGCACUCUUCCAAGGGCAACCCCCCAGCUCCCACGGGGUCACCCAUGGGGAGAGAUGGCCUUCUCUCACCCCUCCCUGGGGCAUGGAGGCUGGAGGGGGUCCCCCUGGUCCCCCACAACUCCCUGUAUAUCUGUAUAAAUAAAUGGGAUUUUAAUGGAGCCCCGCCCCCACCCAUGUUGUUAUCACUGUGUGAUAGUCUGUGUCUCCUCUCCUGGCCCUCCACUCUCUUCCUCUAUUUAUUUCACUCUUUUUUUGGGUUCCACCCUGAGCCCUCGGGCCCCCUUCAAGGUUCCUGUUUAUAAGCCCCGUCCCCUCUGCCCUGGACUUGGAUGUGAAACUUGUCUCAAUAAACCCUUUGGAGUAAGA